AUGGGUUCUUUCAAACCUCCUUCCAAGCCGAACUACUUAAUCAUUGUCGCAGACGACCUCGGAUUUUCUGAUGUCAGCUGCUAUGGAUCUGAAAUCCAGACGCCGCACAUCGACAGUCUCGCGGCCGCGGGCACUCGGUUUACAGAUUUUCAUUCGGCCGCCGCCUGUUCGCCCACACGCGCCAUGCUCCUUACCGGCACUGAUCAUCAUUUGACGGGCCUAGGCCAAAUGGCCGAGUUUUUGAUGGACAGUCCUAUUCACCAAGGUAAACCUGGUCAUGAGGGCUAUCUAAACGAGCACGUGGCUACCUUGCCAGAAGUCUUGCGCGCCGAUGGUGGCUAUCAUAGCAUAAUGGCGGGCAAGUGGCACCUUGGACUCAAACCCGAGCAUUCGCCAGCCAAUCGAGGGUUUGACCGCAGUUUUGCACUGUUGCCUCCAGCGGCAAACCACUACGCGUGGGAGCCGGAAAUCCAGACUGGUGAUUCAUUGUGUCGUUUUGCGGAGGUGAAUGUGAGCGCUGUUCACAUGAAGGACGGCCAAUAUGUCAACAACAAUACACUUCCGGCGGACUUCUACUCAAGCAACUACUAUACGACCGAGCUAUUACGCUACAUUGAUGAGCGGCCACGAGACCGACCAUUCUUUGCUUUCCUACCCUUCUCUGCUCCACAUUGGCCAUUGCAAGCUCCACAGAAAAACAUCGAGAAGUAUCGCGGCAUGUAUGAUGAUGGUCCAGACGCACUCAGACUGCGUCGUAUUGCCGCAUUGCAACGUCUUGGGCUAGUUCCCGAGGGAGUGAACCCACACCCAGUACAGGCACCUGAGGUACCAGAAUGGGAAGAGAUGACACCCGAACAACGAAGCAAGUCCGCGCGUGCGAUGGAGGCGUAUGCGGGAAUGGUGGAUUGUAUGGAUGAGAACAUUGGCCGUGUAAUCGUUUAUCUACAUGAAAAUGAUUUGUAUGAGAACACGGAGAUCAUCUUCUUGUCCGACAACGGCGCGGAAGGAUACAGCUAUGAGGCACAUCCGCUAAUGGGUCCAAAGGUGCUGGACUAUAUUGAGCGAUAUUACAACAAUGCCCUGGAUAAUAUCGGCAACAAGGACAGUUUUGCUUGGUAUGGUGGUCGUUGGGCUCAAGCGGCAACUGCGCCCAGCAGGCUAUACAAGAAAUUCAGCACAGAAGGAGGUAUCCGCGUGCCAUUCAUUUUGAAGCCAUCCAUGGACAUGAGCUAUUGGCAGCCCAUCUGCCACGACUUUUGCACAGUCAUGGAUGUCAUGCCAACCAUGCUAGAGCAGGCAGGGAUUGCAAAGCCCAUUGAUAUGUUUGGAGGAAGGAGGAUUGAAAAAAUAAUGGGCACGAGCUGGGUACCAUUCCUCACAAAGAAAACCCCAACACCCCACCCAGAGGACUAUGUGGCGGGAUGGGAGCUGUUCGGACAGGCAGCAUUGCGGAAAGGCGCGUGGAAGCUCAAUUUUGUUAACAGGCCAUUUGGACCAGAAGAGUGGCAGCUCUACAAUGUGGUUGAGGAUCCCGGUGAGGUGCACGAUUUGAAGGAAGAGCGAACUGACAAGUUGGAGGAACUCAUGGCGCAUUGGCACGACUAUGCUCGCGAGACUGGGGUGGUAGGUCUCAAACCGGAGUUUGCCAGCCUGAUGGCCCAGCUCCCAGACGAGAUGGAGAAUCCUGUUAAUUGGAUGAAGUUUGAGACCAGUCGGAGCGUUAUGACUAGCAUUGCAAAGGGUUAUAAGCCAUGA